AUGAUAAAAACCGUGAAUCAUUUAAUUGACAAAAAUGACGAGAACAGGGGAAAUGAUGCGAAAAACAAAAAUGAUAAAAACGAUGGAAAUCGUAGAAACGAUAGAAAUAACGAGAACUAUGGAAAUCGCAUAUUAUCUAGAAAUGGUAAAAUUGAUAAGAAUCGCGGAAUGACCGAAAACGUUGAAAACGAUGGAACUCGGAAAAUCGACGGAAAUGGUCAAAUUGACAAAAAUGACGCAAACGAUGAGAAUCACGAAACUCACGGAAAUGGUAAAAUUGAUGAAACGAGUAAAAUUGUAGAAAAUCACUGGAACAAUGGGAUUCGCGGAAUUGACGAGAAUCGUCAAAUCAACGAAAAUUGUGGAAUUGACGCAAAUCAGAAAAUCAACGCUAAUCGUCAAAUCGACGAAAAUAAUCGUAAAUUCAACGAGAAUGAUGAAAAAGAUGAGAAUCGCGGAAUCAACGAGAAUGGUGAAAUUAAUAAAACUCGUGAAAUUGACGAAAAUUACAAGAAUGAUGGGUACCGCAAAAUCGACGAAAAUCGUGAAAUUGACGAAUAUGGUGGGAUUAACGAGAAUCGUGAACUUGAUCAAAAUCGUAAGAUCGACGAAAAUGGCGAAAUGUCGAAAAUGAUGAAAAUCGCAGUAACGACGAAAAUGGUGAAACCGAUAAGAAUCGUAAAAUUGACGAGAAUGAUGAAGAUUGACGAAAAUCGUGAACUUGAUCAAAAUCGCGAAAGUGACGAAAAUAGUGAAAUUGAAGAAAAUCACAAAAAUGGCGGAAACGGCAAAAUUGUCAGAAAUCGUGGAAUUGACGAGAACAAAAAAGUAGACAAAGAGAACGACAACGAUGAGGAUCGCGAGAUCGACGAAAAUGGUGGAACUGACGGGAAUGCUAAAAUUAAUAAGAAUCGCGACAUCGACGACAGAAUUAUGAAAACGGUUGGAAUCGCAACAUUGACGAAAAAGGUGUACUUGAUGGAAGUCGCGAAGUUGACAAGAUUAGAGAAAUCGAUGAGGAUCGUAAAAUUCACGGAAAUAAUGAAAUUGACAAGAAUCAUGAAAUUGACGGUAAUGAUCAUUGAUGAGAAUGGUACACAUGAUGGAAAUGACGGAAUCGAUGAUAAUCGUGCAGUUGACAUAGAUCAAUUGACGGAAAUGGUGAAUUUGGCGUGGGUGUUGACAACGAUUGAAAUCGCGCAAUUGACGGAAACUGUAAAAUUGAUGAAAAUCGCAGAAUUGACAGAAAUAAUGAAACAAUGA